AUGCUCGUUUCCCUCACCGUCGGCAAGGUCGACGCCGGCGUCACGGUGCUCUUGACGCCGGACAAGCGCCUGAUCGAAUUCCCGUCCAUCCUCCUCCCGCCCAACAUCUCUUCCGGCAGCAUCGUCGACAUCAACGUCUCCCAGAACAGCAGCAAAGAGACCGCCGAGGAGCAAAAGUUCCGCGCCCUGCAAGACCGCAUCUUCAACUCCUUCGGCGCCUCUGAGCCGGCGACCCCUGUCCUGCGUUGCCGCAAUGCCACGCAAACCUCCGUCGUCCUCGAGUGGGACCCCAUCGAGCUUGCUACGGCCGACUUAAUAUCUCUGAGCCUGUACCGCAAUGGGCAGAAGGCUGGGAAUAUCCCCCGCCCGUUGCAGAUGCACAGCACCAAGAUCAGUGGUCUUGCCGUCGACACAGAAUACACGUUCCACCUCGUGCUGCGGACGAGCGCUGGCACGCGCCUCAGCGAGAAGGUGACGGUGAGGACGCACAAGAUGACGGACCUGAGCGGCAUUACGAUCACGACAGGAAUCCUGCCUGGCGCCAUCAAGGAGAACCUGACCGAGGCUGUCGAGCGCAUCGGCGCCAAGAUCGUCGACGGCGUGCGCAUCGACACCACCCAUUUUGUCACCACAGAAGGCCGGGGAACGGCAUGGGAAAAGGCCGUCGAGAACAACAUCCCCGUCGUUCGCCCCGAGUGGGUCGACGCAUGCGAAAAGAAUGGCCGUAUCCUGGGCGUGACCAAGUUCUACCUUGACGCCAUGAGACCCGGUCCGCCAAGCGAUGAGCAGGUGGCACCGCCGGUGCCGCCUAAAGAGGAGGCUCCGCGCGAGACCCCCGCGGCGCAGGGCUCGAAGCCGGAGGAAGAGGACAAAGAUGAAAAGGGCGACGAGGCGCAGCCGAGCGACGAGGAGCCAACGGAGCCCGAACAGAAAGCCAAGAGCCCCCUGCCUGAUGAGCAGAAGAUGCGCCUUGAAGAUAUGGAGGAGCAGAAGGUGGCUCUCCGCCCGAAAGAGGAAGAACCUUCAAAGGACGACGAGACCAAUGGCGAGGAGGGUGAGGAUGAGGAUGACAAGGACGAAGACGGUGAGACGAACGGCAAGCCAUCAGGAACGCCGGAUGGAGCCUCGUUUCAGGAGGUCGAGUUGUAG